CACGAUUAUCCAGUAUGAAAGGUCCGUGUUGUUUGCUGUACGGCAGCGUGAUCGUCGUUGCGGCGGUAUUGUCCUGCCGGCAGAGCGAGUUCCAGUGCACAAACGGCCGAUGCAUCGGCCUCAAUAAAGUCUGCAAUCUCGUCGACGAUUGCGGCGAUAAAAGCGACGAGCAACCACAGUGCUCGCCCUGCAAUAGGACGUACUACGGCGACGUUGGCAAGACUUACGAGCUCGAGCUGCACAGGCCCAAGGAGGACAAGGUGCCUUACAUAUGUAGGCUGACAUUCAGUGCACCAGGUGGCGAGCUCGGCGACAUCGUACAGAUGACCUUUGACAGUUUCACAUUGGGCCAGUUCACCUCGUUCACAGCAGCUGGCUGUCCAGAUGGCUCGCUCCAGAUCUCAGAGCUGAAUAGGCCGGACGUUGGUGGCCACUGGUGCGGCACUUCGCGUGAUCCCACCAACUACUACAGCGAAACUUCGAGCGUCUCGAUGACUUUGCGCUUGCUGAGGCUCAGCAAAGACCAAACGGGCUUUAACUUUGACUUUCGCAUGGCUUACAAGAUGAUACGCCACGCCGAUGCUGUUGUCAGAUACGUCAAUCCUUUUGUUGGAGUAACGGAGCCGACAUUGUCGCCAACAACGACAAGUACGCCAACGACCCCAUCAAACCUAAGCAACGCAACCCAUGAGCCGUCAGUUAAAUCAUCGCACGCGUCAUCUAAAACAUUGGUAACAACCAAACCAUCGACGUCGAAAAUAACGUUUAAAAUCUCAAACACAACGCGGUCAACGCCAACUACGGCACAAACGGAACCCACGUCGAACAGGCCGAGCAACGAGCAGUAUCUGGGCGAACUCAUUUCCGGCACCUACUGCUCAAAAACCUUCAGUGACUGCGACAAAAAAAGAUGCAGAUUGCAGUCGCCCAAUUUUCCUGGACUCUACCCACGUAAUCUAACAUGUUACUAUGCGAUUCGCCAACACGAAGUGCCUGAGGGUAAGCAUCCUUUGAUAUCCGUGAGACAGCCCCGAGGCCAGUUGAUAGCGGUGCGAUCGAAAAUGCCCUCCCAGGCAGAGCCACCACCUCGGAAGCUUCAGCUCUGGAACGACUGUGAUAUAGUCAAGGAUCACGUAACGAUCUACGACGGAUACAAUACCAUGGAGCCAGUGAUACUGAAGUUCUGCGGGGGUGGUGAGCCCUUGCCCGAAGUCACGAGCAGUGGAAAAGAUCUACUGGUCGUAUUUACGACCUCGCCGUACGGCACAUUUCUUCAUCCAUCACCGCCCCACUCGCUUCAUGGCUUCCAGCUAGACGUGCAGGUAAAAUUUGUUGACUCAAACUCAACGACGUACACGCGAAGCAAGCGCUGCGAGUUCUGGUUGCGUGGCAACACGGGUGGGCUGCUCACGUCGCCCCGUCACUCAUUACCCCGCAACAGCACCUGUUUGUACCAUUUACGUGGCGAGGGCCAGGACUUUCCAACUCCAACAUCACCUCGACCAAUACCAAAGUUUCCGACCAAAGCUGACAUGAAGUGGGGCAGGAAUCAGCCAGUUAUACCUCAGCCACAGUUUCGCGUCUGGCUUUCGGUUCUCAAAUUCCACGUGGGCAUGAGCUCGACCAUACCCGACGAAUGCUCGACUAAUUUAAAAAUCUGGGACGGCGAGAUGAUGCCCCUAUCGGCAGCCGAGUGCAACGAUGUCUCCUGCGAAAAAGAGAGCAAGGUCAUCCUCAGCCCACCAGUUCCAGCGAGCAGUGGUCGAAGUAGUGUUAGUAAUACUGUGACGGCGAGCACUCGACUCGCGAGCAACACGACGCUUCUGGCGCGCUAUUGCAAGGACAAGGUGCCUCGUAGCUGCGAUCACGCGAUAUUUCAGAACACGAGUAGGCCCUGCUCGCUUAGCGAGAGCUUCAUAUCCACGGGUAGUAGUCUAACCAUCGAGCUACUUGUCACUGAAACCACUGCUCUCAGGCCACUCGACUUCCAAGCCCUCUACGAGUUCGUCGAUCUGUACCAGGAUGGCGAUCCUUACGGCAGCGCGCCCUGCUCCCGAGUAUUUUACAGUAGGACACGAGACAACUAUCCUGACCGCAAGUUUCGAGCGCCGAGGAACAUCUUCAUGUACGGCCGUGGUGGAGCGAAAAAUAUCUCUUGCGUGUACCGUUUUGAGGCUGAGCCCAACGAAAUAGUGAAGUUGCGCUUCAACAGACUUCUCACGGGUAGCCGGUCCUGCCGCAGCGUAUCUAGCUCGGAUUACAAUCGGCUUCUCUGCAUUGGCUCGAGCAGCUUCGCUUUGAAGGUGAUGGAGCUUCCUUGGACGAACGGACCGCCGAUACAGCGAGACUGUUUUUGCUCGAACCGCUCGCUGCCGAUGAAUUUCAAGUCCAAGACCAACAUAGUCGAGGUGCACUUUGUCGUGCACGCGAUGGGUGCCCUCGACGACUACAACAAUCUGUACUUUGAGGGCACUUGGGACUUUUUGAAAUCCGAGCAGUGCCUGCAGAAGAGACGCGUGCGAGGCCCCUCUGGGGAAAUCAAGAGCCGUCCGCUCGUUGACGACGACGAGGACGAGGAGGGGCUGCGGUACUGCCAAGACCAUCCGUGGCUUAUCGAGCCGGGCCCCGACCAGUACCUCUACGUAAAAGUGCCGGGCAAAAUAGCAUCGAAUCGCACAAAGUGCGGGACAAAGAACCGCAUAGUCGUACACACUGCCGGUGAAUUGAACGUGGCCGUCUGCCCAAAGCCAGCGUCGGCCGAUCGGUACAGUACGGUCGAAGUGUUCAGUGACGGCUGGACCGUCAGCGACAACGAUAUGAUGGUAGCGGCGAAUCGCGACAUCUCCCGGAGCAUCGCAGUCGAGUAUAUUGUCAAGGAGGAGGAUGAAUACGUCGUCACCUGGCUCGAGCUCACCAGACGGCCAUCGGUGUCGUCAGCGCUCUCGGGAUUACGGCUGGGCUAUGACUGCGAGCAGCGCUGCCCGGAGCUCGACGCGUGCAUUAACGCCUCGCUUUGGUGCGACGGUACAAGCCACUGUCCCACCGGCUACGACGAGGCCCUGUCCCACUGCUCGAUUCUUCUGAAGCUGCCGCCCCUGCACCUCGGGCUCCUAGCCUUGGGCUGCCUCACGAUUAGCACCCUCUUCUGCGUCGUCUCGUGGCGUGCCUGUCGCGAUGGUCACGGGGCCCGCUCGCUCUCCCAGCACCGGCUUAAGAGCAUCUCCUCCGAGACGGCUAUUAUCGACGGCAAGGAGGUCAUCUGCUGACACAGCGAGAGUUCUGUGCGAUACGUCGAGAUCGACCGC